GACAAAGAGUCCAAAGAUUCUAUGACAGAAGGGGAAAAUCUUGAGGAGGAUGAAGAAGAAGAAGAAGGAGGAGCUGAAACAGAAGAACAAUCUGGAAAUGAAAGUGAAGUAAAUGAGCCAGAAGAAGAGCAACGAAGUGGCGAAUCUGUUAAAGUGCACCAACUUGAUGUUGCUGUUCCUUUGCAUCUCAAAAGCCAGCUGAGGAAAGGGCCCCCACUUGGUGGGGGGGAAGGAGAGGCAGAGUCUGCAGACACCAUGCCAUUUGUCAUGUUAACAAGAAAAGGCAACAAACAGCAGUUUAAGAUCCUUAAUGUGCCCAUGUCGUCUCAACUUGCCGCAAAUCAUUGGAACCAGCAACAAGCAGAGCAAGAAGAGAGGAUGAGAAUGAAAAAGCUCACAUUAGAUAUCAAUGAACGGCAAGAACAAGAGGAUUAUCAAGAAAUGUUGCAGUCUCUUGCACAGCGCCCAGCUCCAGCAAACACCAAUCGUGAGCGGCGGCCUCGGUACCAACAUCCAAAGGGAGCACCUAAUGCAGAUCUAAUCUUUAAGACUGGUGGGAGGAGACGUUGAUCCAGCAGCACGUGUCAUUUCAUUAGGUCCUGUAUCUGAUGUUGUGGAUAGUGGAGUCCUCCAGCAAUUGAAUGAGAGCAGUGGACACAUCUCAGCAUGUCGGUCUAGAGAGUUGCGAAUCUAAACCUGGGACAGGCUGGGGCCAUGAGGCAGAAACACCGGCCUCUGCCAACACCGGAACAAGCCGACGCUUCCAGACAAGGCAGAAAGGCCUUUUGUAAUGGAAAUCACGUGAGGGUUAAUCUUCUCUUGAGAAUGGCAGUCAAGAAAAGAGAUGGUUCACUUGACUACUGAGCAGUUACACCAGGAAGAGCGUCACUGAGAUGACUGAGCCAGAGAAGAAAUGGUUGAGAUGGGAAUGGUAUGGGGGAAAUAACUUGCGUUUUAAACUUGAUUUAAGUUACAGUGUCUCUGAAUCGAACAUCCCAUGUUGGAAGAAGAUACAUUUGGGGGCUCCAGGACUACAGUAGAAAAGUAUAGAGCAAGCAGCAAAAUCUAGUAAAAACUUACAUGCAGGACAACAAAAAGAUGAAAGAUAUCCAAAUACCAGAUAUUCCACCAGGAAGGGUUUUGUUUAGGAAUUUGUUUCACGAGGAACAAGGGAAGAGGGAGAAAAGUCCAUUUUAUCCAUCAGAGUCAGUGGUGUGAAAGAAAAAUGUGAAGACUAUUAGUAUACAAUGAGCAUUAAUUCAGAUGGUUUAGAAAAGUCUGUUACCAGCCUAAGAACGGGGAUAUAGUUGAGCCCAUUGUAAGUAUCAUUGAAAAUAAAACGUGCCCAUCAGCAUGUCACAGAAAAUGGAGGAAGGACAACAAGAAGUGGAUCAGAAUAUUUUGUUGACCUUCAUGGGUUUACAGCCUCUGUCUCUAAACAAAAUAUGGAAACAAGUAGGGCUUUUACUUUGCUUUUGUUUUCGUUCUAUUUUGUUUUCUUUCCCCCCACUAAAUAGAAAUGAAGGUUCUUAGUCUGUUUCUGACAGUCUGUUCAUUUAUUAGGAUAGGGGUCUUUCGUUUGCUUUCCAAUAGGUAUAGUAAUUUAGUUAAAGAACAUGCCUGUAUGCUACAACUUGAUUACAUCUUUUUUUCUAUUUUGCAUUUUUCUUUUACCAUGUUUCAGUUUCUGCAUGUAGAUUUAAAUAAGAAACAAAACUUGUAAAGUUGUAACACUUCACAUGGAAAUACCGCCCAGUCUUCACCAGCUUCAGAAAUCUGACCUUUGCCAAUGCUGCAAUAAAGUGUUGUAAUUUGGA